GAGCUCCACUCAGCCCAAUUAAGGCGGACUUCAGGCGCUCUCUUACGUAUACACCUACAGGAUCGGCGUUACGGCAACACCACAAUAUUUGGCAAAAAAAAAAAAAAAAAAAAAGGGGAGAGAGGGAGAGAUCGGCUUUUCCUCCCAGCCUCAGAAACAUGUCGAUGAGUCCCAAGCAUACUACACCCUUCUCUGUGUCUGACAUACUGAGUCCUCUGGAGGAGAGCUACAAGAAAGUGGCUAUGGAGGGUUCGGGAUUAGGGGCUCCCCUCGCAGCCUACAGGCAAUCUCAGGUGUCUCAGCCCACUAUGCAGCAGCAUACUAUGGGCCACAAUGGGCCAGUGACUGCUGCCUACCACAUGACAGCUGCGGGGGUCCCCCAGCUCUCCCACACCACAAUGGGGGGCUACUGCAACGGCAACAUAGGCAACCUGGGCAAUAUGGGCGACCUUCCACCUUACCAAGAGACAAUGAGGAAUAGUUCAGCUACUGGAUGGUAUGGAGCUAACCCGGACCCCAGAUUCUCCACAAUAUCUCGUUUCAUGGGUCCCUCCAAUGGAAUGAAUAUGGGAGGUCUCGGUAAUAUGGGGUCAUUAGGAGACGUGGGCAAGAGUAUGGCCCCCCUUCAGAGCACCCCAAGGAGAAAGCGAAGGGUCUUGUUCUCUCAGGCCCAAGUGUAUGAGCUAGAAAGGCGAUUCAAGCAGCAGAAGUACCUAUCUGCUCCGGAGAGAGAGCACUUGGCCAGCAUGAUCCACCUCACUCCCACGCAGGUGAAGAUUUGGUUUCAGAACCACCGCUACAAGAUGAAGAGACAAGCCAAGGACAAAGCAGCCCAACAGCAGAUGCAACAGGACAACAGCUCCUGCCAGCAGCAGCAAUCUCCAAGGCGGGUCGCAGUGCCAGUGUUGGUAAAGGACGGCAAGCCAUGCCAAGCAGGCUCUAAUACACCCACCACUGGCCUUCAAACCCAUCAGCAGCAGGCAGCCACAGCCCUCACGGUCACCACCAAUGGCCUGGGACAGCAUCAAAGCCACCAAACAAACAGUGCAGGCCAGUCUCCAGAUAUGGGUCCACACUCUACCAGCCCAUCCAGUCUUCAGAGCCAGGUCACCAACCUAUCUCACCUAAACUCUUCCAGUUCUGACUAUGGCACAGCCAUGUCCUGCUCUACCUUGCUAUAUGGCAGGACAUGGUGAAUGAAACAACACUAGUCCCGCAGUCCCCUGGCAAACAUCCUCAUCUGUUAGGAAAAAAAGAAAAAGAAAAAAAAAAAAAGAUAAAAAAGAAGAAGAAAGACUGCUGUACUUUAGGGGGGAUGGAUUUAUAAGAGGGUUUCCCCGAGCAAUCAAAAAAAAAAAAAAAAAAAAAAAAAGAAGGGGAAGGAUAGAGAUAGUUAUUAAACUGGAUGGAUGGUACUCAAAAUGUCAAAUGGAGAGAAGGAUUGGACUUCAAACCACUUAAUGGGGUCCCUCGUUACCUGCCUGUACAUAGGGCUACACUGAAUGAAGACUUGGGGAUAAUUAUUCACCCCACUAUAACAAUAAAGUCCCCCGUCCACUAAACUGGAGAGCGAUUUUAUUUUUUACGUCCCAUGUGAAAUUGUAACCACCUCAUUGUUGAAGUUGGCAUAUUUAGUUUUUAGUAACUUGUACAUUUUGUUGUUAAAAAAUAAUAAUAAGGCAAACAAGAAACUACCCUUUUUUUUUUAAAUAGAAAGAGAACUAUCUGUGAUCAUUAUUUGAAAACGAUUUGUUAUUUUUUUCCCGUCUUCAGUAAAUUGGAUGCUGUAUCUUACCACGGUGCAGUAUCUGGCUUCAGUACACAGUAGAUAAUAAACAUAUCUAAUUAAUUAUGCACAUUGGUAAAUUAAGUUAUUUAUUAUUUUUUACUGUACAUUUAAAACCAAUGGACAUAGGGAGAACUGUGCAUUUAAAGUAUAAUCUGAUUGAUAUAAAAAAACAACUUAACCCCCAAACACCCCCUCCCACCAAAAAAAAAAUAAAAAAAAUAAUGGUGAACUAUAAAUCUGAUUUUGUAUUUUUUUUUUUUUUAGCACAUUAAACAAAUAUUUUAAGAGAUCUGGAUGGUAUACAUUUAGUAAUACAAAUAUUUCUGACAUAAAAAAAAUGUUAAGGCAUUUAAUGUUAUACCAUGGUUUUUAAUUUUUGAAUGGAUAAAAACUCAAUGAAUUAAUGAUAGGGUAUAUCUAUGGUAUGAAUUUUGAUAUCAAAUUAUAACGAUUUGCAUUAGUUUUUCCCUCCAUUCUGUCAUUUUAUAUCAGCAUGUUGUCAGAUAUUGUGUUAAUAAUUCAGUUUUUUUUUAAAAAGGCUAAUUUAUGAGACCUCCCUGAGUUCAUCUGAUUUAUGUGACACCAAUUUACUAUUA